CUGUCUACGACAUACUCAUUUUUUUAAGAAGUGUUGCCCGAUCGGAAACACAUCGCAUAUAUUAAACCGAAUUUCCUGUCUGAAAGUCUCGGAUCAUUUAAAACGAAUAAUCACGAGAUGCGACUUUAUUACGAAAUAAAACUCGGCAGCAUUUUUAACGAAGCUGAUUUGAAAUAUUUCGUCUAAAACUUUGGGAGAUCAUAAGCUGUCAGCACAAGAGACAGAAUUGUUUAAAAAAUGCCCAACAAGUUUCAAAAAGACUGCUUGGAUGCGCACAAUGAGUACCGUCGUGAUCAUGGUGCUCCCCCCCUGAAAUGGUCGUCAAAACUUGCCAAUGAUGCCGACAAAUGGGCCAAAGAUUUAGCACGGAGGGGAGUCAUGCAACAUUUCAGCUCUCGUGAUCAAGGCGAGAAUAUUGCAUAUAAGUCAGGAGGAGAUCUUACAGGUCAACGUGCCGCCGAAAUGUGGUACGAAGAAAUCAAGGAUUAUCGUUUUAAUAAUCCUUCUUUCUCGUCAAAAACUGGUCAUUUUACCCAACUAAUCUGGAUUGGCUCACAUGAAUUUGGCGUGGCGAUGGCAACGGCUCGUAGCGGAGCCCAUUUUGUUGUUGCAAGAUAUUUUCCUGCUGGUAAUGUUAUUGGACACUUUCCUGAAAAUGUCAAGCGUAAAGGAUCAAAAUUGACCAACGCUGAUAGAAAUGCAGCAUCAGCUAGCAAGCCGGGAAAUUUCAAGAAAGACAUACUGGAAAGUCACAACCAAUAUCGACGUCAACAUGGUGCUCAACCACUACAAUGGUCGUCAAAAUUAGCAUCGGGAGCAGAACAGUGGGCCAAACAACUUGCAAAACAAAACAAAAUACAGCAUGGAACGGGAGAUUUUGGAGAAAACAUCGCAUAUAUGUCAGGUGCUGAAUUAACCGGGAAGAAAACUACGGAUAUGUGGUACGAAGAGGAAAGUCGAUAUAAUUACAGAAAUGCCAGAUUCAGCUCGAAUACCGGACAUUUUACCCAGGUAGUGUGGGCAGAAAGCACGCACAUAGGAGCAGGAAAAGCUGUGUCAAGCUCUGGUGCACAGUUUGUUGUUGCCAGGUAUUCACCGGCGGGUAAUGUUCAAGGAAAGUUUGCAGAAAAUGUUAAAACUAAAGGUAGUGCGAUUAGUGGCGGAAAUCAAGGUUGCUCAUGUGUUAUUCUAUGAAAAAAUCUCCAUCAUUGGGUCAUUGGUUACAUGUUCACGUUUUAAUAAUUAAAUUCUGUUUUUGAUCACCUAAUGAUUUGGGUUGUUAGUAAAUAAUUAUUUUCUUACGCACUAUAAACACAUUGAAGAGGUUGAAAUCUUGAUGAUAAUUGCUAGCAAAUACAGUUAGACAAGUUACAGUAUCACCAGUGACGUAGCGCCAGCCCGCAAAUUUGGCCGUGCUAUGUAAAUGUCAGAUCAUUAUCAUUAUUCAUUUCUAUAGAAAUCUAUUGUUUUUACAAUGAUUGAAUACAGAAAAAUUUACAUAGCAGGACGAAAUUUGCGGGCUGGCCAUGUCACUGACUAUCACCGUACACGAGAAAAUUUGUGGCAACGUUAAAUAUUUCAAGCAAUUCCUUAGAUAGAGUAAACACUUCUAUUUAGACAUACAGCAAUUGAAGUAUUUACAAUGAUAACUUUUUAUCUUGUAUUCUUGCACAUAAGUGUGUCUAUAUUCACUAGAAAAAUGGUAACUUAACACAACGAGUAACUCGUUUUGAAUAGUGCAUAUGUGUAAAAAUUAAAUUAUGACUUCGGACGCUAUA